AUGAGGAAUAGGGCCAGGAUACCUCUAAGCAAGGCUAAAGUCCGACAAUCAUGGAGCAAAUACAACCUCUACAAUCUUUCGCGAAUUGCCACACCACCCUACAAGACUCGAACCGUCUUUCAACAAAAAUGGAGCGCCAAAUCUAUACUACGCGCUUAUCAUUCCGAGCAAGUCCGCGAAGGCAUGUGGGAGCGCAUGUUCUCCCGGCGACUGAGAUCAGUCGUGCCGAUGAACCCAGAAUAUCUUGCGAUGAAUGAUGGAUCACUAGAAUCUGCUGGUAGAGGAUCAGGACUGGAAACGCUUUUCGCGAAACGACAUCCGAAAGCUAUACCUUAUAUGCAGAUGACAUUUGCGCCAUUAGAGAGAAGGCUAGACACAGCUAUUUUUCGAGCACUAUUUGCAAGCAGUGCACGGCAGGCAAGACAGUUUGUCGUCCAUGGAGCUGUCAAAGUCAACGGGAAGAAGAUGAAGUAUCCCGGCUAUCUUCUUAACCCAGGGGACAUGUUCCAGGUCGACCCUGAACGAGUCAUGUUCGCUACCGGAGCCCCGAAAGGUCUACCAGACGUAUCAUCACCAGAUGACCGAGCCGUAUCGCGCUCAGAGGAUAAAGAAGGCGCCGCACCAUUGGAAAACCAAACCGAAGAAUCUGACAAGGACGAAGACGAAGACGCAGAGGAGGAAGAAGAAAAAGAAGAAGACCCCCGCGAAGUCCUGAAAUCCCUUCUCGCACAAGCCAAAUCCGUCAUAUCCAGUCCAAAAGGCGGCAAGCUCAGCGCCAAACAAAAGCAGAACCUCCGAGGUUUCGCAAAGCAGGUCAAGCGUCAACUCUCGCGACGUGACUCCACCACAAGCAAAAGCCAUGAUCUGGAAACUCAAUUCGAGGAGCUGAAAGCUAAACUCCUCCGCCAGCCCAAUUUGCCUGCCUCAAAACCAGAAGACUCGUCCUCGUCGCCUAAUGAAGAUGAAGACGGAGAAAAGAAAGAAGAAUCUACCACCACCCUCUCUAUCUCCCCACCCCAACUCAACAGCGCAAAAGAAGAAGACUACUACGACGAUUCAAUGCUCGAUCCAGAAGACCUAACCGCCCUCCGCGCUGCCCUUGCGCGCCUGCACCUCAACCCCAUCGACCCCACAAAACCCUACGCCACGCCCUGGACACCUAGGCCCUACAUGUCAGCCUUUGCGUUCAUCCCCCCCUUCCUGGAGGUGAAUCAGAACAUCUGCGCGGCGGUGUAUCUGCGGCAUCCGGUGGCGCGGCCGGGGAUGGCCGAGGUACCGACACCAUUUGCGCAGGUGACCGGGGGGGAUGCUUUCGCAUGGUACUUGAGGAGAAGGUAA